UUUUGCAACUAUCUUCCCGCGCUCAUUUUAAACAGCAGAAAGAAGCAUACGCUUUUUGGGAAAGUCCUAACCUAGGGUUUUACAGCACAAAAUUCCCAAUCGCAACUGCUCACCAUGGAAAUGGUAACGAGUACUCCGAUGGAGAUCUCCGUUCAAAUUGUCACCAAUGGAGACGCCCCUCACGAACAGACGGACGCCGUCCCUGAUUCCGCAGUAGAUUCUUCCCCACCACCGGCUGUGGCGGAAGACAAAAUCCUCAUUUCAGUUGAAGUUUGCUUGAAGCCUUCUAGCACAGCUCGAAUGGAGGAUGUGAAAUUAGCUGUCGAAAGAAUGCUGGAAAAUAGGAAUUUAAGCUAUGUUGAUGGUCCAAUCGAUAUACCUCAGGAUGACACCUUUUUGAAAGAGAACGUGCAAAGAAUAUGUAUUUGUGACACAGAGGAACGGGUCACAAACCAUGGUAUUUUGUUGUUUUGGCAAGUCAAACCUCUUGUGCAUGUCUUUCAGCUUAGUGAAGAGGGACCUUGUGAAGAUUUAGAUGGGGAUAGCCAACUUUCCAGCUUUAGUGAAUGGAUGCUUCCUGCAAAGGACUUUGAUGGCAUGUGGGAAAGCUUAGUUUAUGAAUCUGGUCUCAAGCAACGCUUACUAAAAUAUGCAGCAAGUGCUUUACUUUUCACUGAAAAGGGUGUUGACCCUUUACUUGUAUCAUGGAACCGUAUCAUUCUUCUACAUGGUCCUCCAGGAACAGGCAAAACAUCAUUAUGCAAAGCCUUAGCACAAAAACUGUCAAUACGUUUUAGCUCCAGAUAUCCACAUAGUCAGCUCGUGGAAGUCAAUGCACAUUCAUUGUUCAGUAAAUGGUUUUCUGAAAGUGGCAAAUUGGUUGCCAAACUUUUUCAGAAAAUUCAAGAAAUGGUGGAGGAAGACAACAAUCUGGUAUUCGUUUUGAUUGAUGAAGUUGAAAGCCUAGCAGCAGCAAGAAAAGCUGCUUUAUCUGGCUCAGAACCUUCAGAUUCUAUAAGGGUGGUUAAUGCUCUACUGACUCAAAUGGACAAAUUAAAGUCCUCACCAAAUGUCAUCAUUCUCACCACAUCCAACAUAACAGCUGCUAUUGAUAUUGCAUUUGUUGAUCGAGCCGAUAUAAAAGCAUACGUGGGCCCACCUACUCUACAAGCACGAUAUGAAAUACUCAGAUCCUGUUUACAGGAGCUUUUAAGAACUGGAAUUUUGUCCACUUCUCAGGAUGAUGAUGAUGAGUUAAUUCUUCCGAAUUAUGCUUCUUUGAAAGACAAGUUAGCUUCAGCAACACCACAAGGCUCUGAAUACCACUUGAACAUAUGGAAGCAUUUGAUGGAAGCUGCUGAAGCAUGUGAAGGAUUGAGUGGAAGAUCAUUAAGGAAGCUUCCAUUUUUGGCUCAUGCGAAUGGUGAAUGUGAUGACCUCACAAAGUUCUUGCAAACAAUGAUCAGCACUAUCAACAGGGAGCGAUCUGAGAUACCUGAUUAAGUGCGUCUGUUUACUUUCAGACACUUUUGUGAAAUAUGAUGGAUCGCUUGUUUUCUUUCUUCAGUGCUAAAUCUAUUGAGCUUGUGAAUAUAGCAUAGGCACUUUAUUUCAUAAAAAAAAAAAAACUUGAACUAAUAUACCU